GAGGAGGAAGCGCCCGGCCCCUUUCCCUUUGGCCCGCUGACCGUGCUUGUUCCAGGCCUCGCGGGGAGUCCCGUAGAACCCAAUGGGACUGGCUUCCGUCGCCCUCGUCAGGUCCAGGCUGAAGGAGCGUGGUUCUCUAAAUCUUCUGUUGUGAUUCUUCCUAACCGAAUGCCCUACCAUGUACAACCUCUGUUGUCACAAUUGACCCUACUUACCAAAGCUGAUGGAUGGCAUACACCCAAACAUCUGGAGAGCCCCAGUUUCAGGGUAAAUGGGUUUGCCUGACGUUUUUCCUUCACUAAGGCAGUUCCAUGUCUUGUUUGGACUGUUCCUGUAUACUACGGACACAAGUUGAAUCUAUUGAAGCUGAAAAACAGUCUGAAGCUAGCAGCAGUCAAGGCCUGACAGAUGAACCUGCUGUAUCUUGGGGCCAAUGGACUCAAACAGGAGAUGAUCACAUAUCAUGGUCCUCUGAAAUAUCCCAUUAUAAUCUCCAGGUGGAAAUAGGAAGGGGGUGCAACAAUUUAACUUCAGUCUACCUCGCACGUCAUAUCCCUACAGGAACAUUGGUGGCCGUAAGGAUUACAGAUCUGGAAAGAUGUUCUGAAGAGCACUUGAAAGCUUUACAAAAUGAAGUUAUAUUAUCCCACUCCUUUCACCAUCCUAAUAUUUUGACUUUUUGGGCAAUGUUCACUGCUGGAAGCUGGCUUUGGGUUAUUUCUCCUUUCAUGGCCUAUAGUUCAGCCAGUCAUCUCUUGAGGACUUACUUCCCUGAAGGCAUGAGUGAAGUUUUGAUUGGAAAUAUUCUGCUUGGAGCAAUUAGUGGCUUAAACUAUAUGCACCAACAUGGGUACAUACACAGAAGUUUCAAAGCUAGCCACAUACUGAUCUCAGGGGAUGGUCUAGUUUACCUCUCUGGCUUAAACCACCUUCACAGUUUGGUCAGCAAUGGACAGCGGUUAAAAUCUGUGUAUGAGUUCCCCCAGUUCAGUACAUCAAUGCUGCCUUGGCUGAGCCCUGAACUACUAAGGCAGGAUAUGUAUGGCUAUAAUGUGAAGUCUGACAUCUAUAGUGUGGGCAUUACAGCUUGUGAAUUAGCUAAUGGGUGUGUACCUUUUCAAGAUAUGCCUCGCACACAGAUGCUACUACAGAAGCUUAAAGGCCCCUCUUAUUUUCCCUGGGUGAUGAAUACUUUUCCACGUGGCGAAUCCAGGAUAAAAAAUUCACGUUCAGGGAUCGACUCUGGGAUUGGUGAAAGCAUGACACACACACUGACGAGUGAGAGAUUGCAGACGCCAAAAACUUUUUCCCCUGCUUUCCACAACUUAAUAGAACUCUGUUUGCAUCAAGACCCAGAAAAAAGGCCAUCAGCAAGAGGUCUACUGUCACAUGCUUUUUUCAAGCAGAUCAAAGAACAAACAAAGGGUUCAAUGCUUUCCUUGUUGCCUCCUGCCAUCUGGGACACGCAGUCCCAAAUAUCAGCAGUGGUACACCCAGCAGCCAUUCGGAGUGAAUCUGCAUAUGGUCUGCAAAAAGAGAGAGGCACGUAUUGGGAAUUUUAAAGAUACUAAAAAUACCUCUGGCAUCUCUGUGUAAAAAUGUGAUAUUUUUUGGCUGCUUUUCUUUUUUAAAAUACAGAUAUUGGUGAUAUACUUGAAAAUAUUAAAUAUUUGUAUAGUACCCAAAUGGUACUAUGUGAAUUGACUUUAUUUCUUAAAUAGCAAACUUGUCCAUGUGCUAUGAAGCAUCUUUUUUAUAUUCCUACACCCAAAGUGUAGUGCUAAGUCUUCCUUACUGAGGCACACAAUAAUAUCUAUGCUAUUGAUAUCUGUAAUACUGUUUCUGUUAUCUUAUUAUUAUUUUUUAGUAUACUGUUAAUUUCCAUACCAACCAUCUUUUCAGUGUUUUUAUAAAAUCGUGCCUUCACCUACCUUUGAGACGAUGGCACAGUGCAAAUCCUUGAGUUUUCAAGGGCUCUUCUGUCAUGUCCUACAAUAUCUGGAGUAGCUAUUACUGUAAUCUGGAAUAAAUAGCUGUGAUCUUUUAAUGCAAAGCACCUCUUGCACAACCUAACCUAGGAAAUCUAAUACAUUUAAUGUUAAUGAAAAUAGGAUAAUUAAAUUACUUGAUCAUAUCCUUUAUAUAUUGCUAACUAGUCCGCAGCUAUGAUACUACUUGAAAUAUCACUAAUGAUGACUUAAACCUAGCUAGCCUUUUUAAAUGGCAGUAUUGUGAGGGCCCUUCUACACAGCCAUAUAACCCAGGAUAUCAAGGCAGGAAAUCCUAUAAUAUCUGCUUUGAAUUGGGUUAUCUGAGUCCACAUUGCUAUCAAAGCAGAUAUUUUGGGAUUUUCUGCCUUAAUAUUCUGGGUUAUAUAGCUAUGUGGAAGGGCCCUAAGUUAACGUUUGCAGGACAAAAAGAAUCUAUAAAACAGAAUACUCUGUCAGGUCAAAAAAAAGAUACACUGAUUCCAGCCGAUCAUGACUAUUAAAAGUAUGCUACCGCAAACACAAUUAGGGGAAGCAAUGUAUUAUAAAUCAAGGUUGUAUUUUGACUUUUUGGUGUGCCUUCAAUUGAGAAGAAAAAUCCAAUUGACAGAAAUAAUGGAAAAUAAAAAUACCAGACUGGCAAACAUGGACUUUUUGCUAUAGCACUGUGAAUGACCGAACAAAUAUUAACUUAACCUAAACCCUUAUUCUGUGUAUAGCAUAUAACUGGGGAUGGGACUUCCUUAAUACUGAGAUAUUAAAAAUUAUAUUUUAUUAAUGCACAUUUUAUUUUAUCCUAUAAAACAGAUGUGGGUUAAUUUCUAAGUGUGUAAUCUCACAAAUUAUAUCAAAUAUGAUACAACUGGUAUCAUAAGUGUCCUUCCGAUAGGAAACUACUGAAGUAAAAUUAUAUUAGCCAUCUUUUACCAACCCAAUACUGAUAAAUAUAACUGGAAUAAAAUGUACUUAUUUUAAAAAAGA